AUGGUUGGAUCAAUGAACCCGACGGCUCCGGGAGGGGCAGCGAGACGAUCUUGCAUCACACCCGACCUGCUCUGCUCCCCCUCCCUCCACCCAGGUACGCUGGGACGCCGAGCAAGUCACCUGGCCCUCCCGCCCCAGUGCUCCGAGUCAGAGUCACGCGAUCUGGUUGCGCCAACAUGGAACACGCUUGUCUCUGCACCUCCGGCACUGGGAGCUUAG